AUGGCGGACACAAAGGAGUGACUGAGUGAACGCCGCUUCAAACACUCCGUGCUCAUCCGGCGAGGGUCUCGGGAACCAGGACUCGACAUGGAGGGAGCAUUUGAGGAGAUCGAUUCGUCCGGAAGAUGGCAGAACCUGUUCAAUGAGAUCCGUAACCAAGCCAGCGAAUAUCCCUUCAAAGUGGCGAAACUCCCGGCGAACCGCAAUUUGAACCGCUACCGAGACGUCAGCCCAUUCGACCACAGUCGGGUCAAACUUGAAAACUCAGAAAACGACUACAUCAACGCCAGCCUCGUCAUGGUGGAAGAAGCCCAGAGGGCCUACAUCCUCUGCCAGGGGCCUUUGAGGAACACCUGUGGUCAUUUCUGGCUGAUGAUUUGGGAGCAGUGUUCCAAAGCCGUCAUCAUGCUCAACAGGGUCAUCGAAAAGGGAUCCGAGAAGUGUGCUCAGUACUGGCCCGCCACGGAGGAGCUGCAGAUGUCCUUCUCGGACACGGGCUUCGUGGUGCGGCUGCUGUCGGAGGAGGACCGGUCGUACUACACCGUCCGAGUGCUGGAGCUGCAGAACACGGCGACGGGCGAGUCGCGGCAGCUCUUCCACUUCCACUACACCACGUGGCCCGACUUCGGCGUGCCGGAGUCCCCGGCCUCCUUCCUCCACUUCCUCUUCAAGGUCCGCGAGUCCGGCUCGCUGGGCCCGGAGCACGGGCCGCCGGUGGUGCACUGCAGCGCCGGCAUCGGCCGCUCCGGAACCCUGGCGUUGGUGGACACCUGCCUGGUGCUGAUGGACCGGAGGAAGACGCCAUCGUCGGUGGACGUCCAGAAGGUGCUGCUGGACAUGAGGGAGUACCGCAUGGGCCUGAUCCAGACCCCCGACCAGCUCCGCUUCUCCUACAUGGCGGUGAUCGAGGGAGCCAAGCUCAUCCCGGCGCCGGACAAGCCGAAACGGAUGUCCAGAAGCGACCUGGAGCCGGACCUGACUCCUCCUCCUCCACCACCACCACCCCCACCACCCACUCCUCCACCCCUGCCUCACCUCAACGACAGCACGCCCAACGGUCAGCCGGCACCCCGCCUGGAGCCCCGGGCCGCCGCCGGGGGCCAGCUGUCGGCGGCGGGGCCGGACGGCGACGCGGCCGAGGACUUGGGGCUUGUCAGAAGGCGUCACCGCGAGGAGCGCAUCGCCUGCACCUCGCAGAAGCUGCAGCAGAUGAAACAGAGACUGAGCCAAUCGGAGAGGAAACGGGACCAGUGGCGGUACUGGAGGCCCAUCCUGCUGAACGUCGGCGCCGGGGCGGCCGUGGCCGUGGGCCUGCUGGUGUGCUGGAUCUACGCCCAGUGAACACACACACACACACACACAAAAAACCCGGACCCUAUUUUGCACCAGUACCUGGGAUGAGGUACUUCCCCUGAGUAGACUAGAGUAACACGAGCAUAGCGGAGGGUAUUUAUUUCUUACGGUCAGAAAUUACGGGAGCGCUAGAUCAAAAAAAAAAAAAAAGUGCAAGUGUGUGUGUGUGUGUGUUUUUCAUGUUAAGAUCUUAACGAAGAAGAAAAUAAUUAGUAACGUCUCAGGAUCUCGGUGCCAGCACGACGAUUUCAUUUCCUCGAUGACCGUCCCGUCGCUCCGAGAGGACGGCGAGAGCGACGUCCGGACUCUGACACGUUUGAGUUGUUCUCCCUCCGACGUGACGGCGGUCGGGGGCGUGGCGGUCGUCCGCGGAUACCUUUUAACAUUUCAAAUAACUGUCCAUCCCAUCACAAGAGCCCACAGCCAAAUAGUUUGGUUUUUUUCCCGCAAUGAAAUGUGCAUAUCAGGCGGAAAUGUACCACUCGUUCUUCCACUCGCAUUCAGCAGGGCGCCCCGAUACGGCCAGAUAUAUAUUUUUGUGUGACUGGAUAUUUCACGGAGGCCCUGCCGAUGUUUUAAAUCUUGUUUUUCCUGUCAUAUCAGCACUUUUCUUUUCUUCUUUCAGACAUUUUGGCUGUCGUGGUAAAUGUCCGUCACUGCGUGGACCCACUGGAUGGGUUCGACCUUUCGGGGGUUUCAUUUCUUUUGAGGAAAAACCAAAGUAAAGGUGUCCCUAACCCGCCAGGCGAGCUGUUAAUUUAUGAAACAUUGCAUUCUUUUCCGUUGGAAUCUCUUAAAAACAUAACUGACGCAAAACUGAACGUGGCGUGUCGUCUUAAUUUGAACACAGAAAGAAAGAAAAAAUGUGGUUGUGAAUCGACGGGGACCAAUCUAAAGGUGAGAGAGCGGUGCAAUGGAUGGAGGUCGUGAGGUGUCUGUGUGUGUCUGUGUGUGUGUGUGUAGAGAGAUAGCUUUAAAUGUGCCUUGAAGUGAAGCUAAUGGACGAAAGACGAGAGAGAAAAAAGAAAAGGGGGCGUGAUCAGAUAAAUGUUUUUAUGAGAGCCGUUGUCUCAUGACGCGAGUGAAACGCUCGCGCCCCAUUGGCCCGUUCGGAGCAGGUGUGACACGGGGAGCGGUGUCGGCUCGUUGGACCCACAAGAGAAGUUUGUGCGUAACAUUCCAUUCAUUGUUUUGUUUUUUCCACACUAAGAUUUGCGUGGGAGUUUGAACAUGACGGAUAGUGUUCUUGAAAGAGAGGAGGAGGAGGAGGAGUGGAGAAGAAGAGCAAACAAAACAUGAAAUACUUCCUAAAAAUAAAACAUUCAUCCUUUUUUCUUUUUUGUUAGCGAA